AUGGAGCCAAAGCAGCAACACCCACUUCACCAAAUAGCAGAAACACCAACACACAAGCUUCUUUUAAAACAAUGGCUAAAAGAAGAAGAACUAAUCCUCAACAGAAUCUCUCUAAAAGAAACACAAAUCGACUCGGUCCGUAAAGAAAUCACUCAGCUUUACAUAUUCUUCUUCCUUUUCCACUCCAUUGCUUUGCUUCUCCUCUUCAACGCAUCCUCUAAAGACCCAUUUGGAGCUAAAGGGUCCGAAUCUUGCAAGAGAUCAUGGAUCCCUUCAUUGUGUUCACUUCUAUGUUCUUUGGGGAUAAUUUGGGCUGUUAGGUAUAAAACUGAUGUUGAAUGUCAUUUAGAAAAGUUGUUCGAGAGGGAAAAGGAAGACGGGCAGUUGUUGGCUAGGUGUGUUGAGGAGUUGAAGAAGAAAGGAGUGGAAUUUGAUCUGUUGAAAGAAGUUGAUGCACUUAGAAGGGCCAAGAGUUUGAGAGUUGAAACUAAGGUUGUAAGGAAAUGGUCUGCUAGGGAUUUUGUUUCUUUGUUUUUCUUUAGUGUGUCUUGUAUUGUGCUGGGGUUGACAAGGGUUAUUUUGUGUAAUUGA